UUUUGACAAUUGCUCUUUCGCUCAUCCCAUUCCCGUCAGAACACUACUGAUCUCUGAAGCAGAGUAGCGCCCUGCCGCCAGGCCUCUUUUUGCUCCGCGCCUCUUCAGCUGAGAAUCUUGAUGAAUUUUUUCUAGGAUUCUUUAUUUUAUCGUUAAAGUUAGAAUGGAAGAGGGGUCAGAUAGAAUCGAUCUGCAAGUGAAAGGGCUGAGCCUUAUCGAUUUUUCAAACGAGAAUGAUGCCCUAAUCCUCAAUUCGUCUCCUUCGCCUCUUUCUGCUAGCCGUUUCUCCCUUCACAAUCACCAAUCUUCAGAAAAGCAGGAGGAGCCCGAUACUUUUGAGUCGUUAGGAUCAUUCAUUGCUGGAAAAGAAGCAGGUGUGACUCCCGGCAGUGAACUGGAUGACCAAUUGCCUGACCUGAAUGAGUCCUCCGAACCCAGUAGAGCUAGCAGAAAGGGGAAGUGUAACUUGCGCAAGAGUCUAGCAUGGGAUAAUGCCUUCUUCACAAGCGCCGGUGUUCUAGACCCUGAGGAGUUAUCUUGCAUGAUUAAAGGUGCCGAGAAGAUUGAAAUGCAAAAAUUACCAGGAAUUCAAGAGGACAUGCAAAGAUCUACUGAUUCAAUCUCUACCUUGGGGAGUGAAGAUUUGACGCUGGAAAACUUUGAGGCCGAGUUGUUUGAGGAUAUUAGAGCCUCUAUUCAGAAAUCAAGUAAAGCAUAUAAUACUACGAAUGCAAACUGCAAGAUCACCUCAGGGGAAAGCCAAGCUGUUACUUCAAUGAAGAAGAUGAACCUUGCUUCUCAAAAUCAGAAACCUGUUGGGAUAUCAAAAUCUCAGACAAAACAAACUCUUAGGUUGCAAAGCACAGCAAAAGCAGUAAAGCAAGAUUCUGUUUGUUCACAACCAGCACAGGCUGUUAGAAAUGGCAGCUCAAAUCCAACACUUUCUAAGCCACCCUCAGUAAUCAACAAGACUGUUAGAAAUGGCAGUUCAAAUCCAACACUUUCUAAGCCACCCUCAGUAAUCAACCAGGUAAAACCCAUAUCAACAUCAACAGAAAAAGGGGCCUCUUUGGCUGCCAGUCAAGCCAAUAAGCUUGGAAAUACUAAGACAACAAUUGGCACCGUUGCUGGUAAAGGGGUUCAGGCAUUAAAGGCGACCAUCAUCAGUGGUCCUUGCAGGGUGCUGCCAAAGUCUUCGUCCUCCUCCAGUUCUGCUUCAAACUCAACCAAGAUUAAAUCUGCAACAACCUCCACGGUUGAUAGUUCUGGAAAUGUGUCAUCCAAUAAUCUUGGUAAAUCUCAUUUAGAGGCUGUUCGAAGAAAGAUUGGUGAAAGAACUUUGAAACCACUUCCCUCUGGUUCGGUGCUCAAAACCCCAUUAAAAACUGCUAAGAGAACCUGUGGAAAUUCUGCUGUCUCAGCAUAUCUGAUGUCUUCCAAGAUCUCUCCAAGCAUAUCACCUGCUAGUUCUAUCAGUGAAUGGUCCUCAGCUUCUUCAUCUUCUUCAAGUACAAUCAAUCAGAGGUCCAAUACAUCAAGGACUAGCUUUGAUGCUAAUUCUUGCAGAUCUUUGGACAAUGACACCAUUCCUUUGCAUAAUGAUUCAAAUAAUCAGAUCAUAGAACAACAUGGGAAUGAGGAAAUUGUGAUACAAAAUGGAGGUCCAAGGAAAUCCUCCUCACAAGCUGGCACUCUUUCUCAUUCUGCAAGACCAUCAGGCCUGAGAAUGCCGUCCCCAAAAAUUGGAUUUUUUGAUGGGGUCAAAUCAGUUCGUACACCCAGUGGGACCGUGCAAUCACAUGCAAGCCUAGGAGCUUUACCUAAGGUGGAAGCUGCUGUACCCAGUCCGAGUAGGAGCUCCAACAUGAAGCCGAAGUUUGGGAAACUUUCACACGUCAGAACAGUAUCAGCUUUAGUGAGAGUAAACCCUCAAGAAUUGUCUUCUCCAAUGUCCAUGAGAGAGAAAUCACUUGGUGUUUCGCACCCCACAAGCAAUGUAGAAGGUUCUUCUAUGUCAUCUAUUAAAGUCGGUGAUGAAAUAAGUGGAGGAAGCUGCUUGAAGGUUGAGGAAGUUGGAUGUGAAGAAUUACAAGAAGCUAAUCAAGUUGUAGCCAAUGCUUUUGGGGAAGUCAUCAUGCAUGAGAAUUGUGGUGUUCCAUCCCUUCAGGAGAGUGAAAUAAGUUUGGACAGGGAUGGAGUUGCUGGCUCAAAGGCUCACAAGAUUUUUGGCAUGAGUGGAACUCGUGAUCCAAAUACUACUGAUUGGGAAGGAAUUUUGAUGCCAUCCAAGAAAGCUGGUGAAGAUACAAGAGAUAGCGAAGGUGAACUUUUGAGUAUUUUACCUGCGGUAUCGGGAAGUGACGAGAAAGAAAAUGUUCCUUUGGCAGAACAUGUAGGGAAAUGACCUAAUCAUAAACAUCUAUGGCCUUGAUGAUGGAAAAUUGAAUGAUAUACAAGAGCUCAUUCAAUCCUUUUUCCCUUAAAAGAUCAGAAAAAAAUUUCUUGAGUAGGAAGCUUGUCGUAUGGAAUUCUGCUGUACCAACAUUUAUUUUCUUGAACAUCUGCUUUACAGAAGUUAGCAGCCAAGUUUUGAAUCUGUAAUUAAACGUCAAUCUUGACAGUAA